UCCGCCCCGCCCCGCUGUCCCUUCCGCGCUCCGGCCCCGCUCGGCCCCGUGCGCGUUAUGGCUUCGGUGGCGAACCCCGGGCAGGGCGGCUCCGCGCCGCCCCUCGCUGUACAACGCGGUAUCGUUAAGAUGGUGCUCUCGGGCUGUGCCAUCAUCGUCCGGGGGCAGCCCCGUGGAGGACCCCCCCCCGAACGUCAGAUCAACCUCAGCAACAUCCGUGCAGGCAGCCUGGCACGCCGCGCCGCCGCCGGGCAGCCCGAUGCCAGGGACACCCCGGAUGAGCCCUGGGGUUUCCCAGCCCGUGAAUUCCUGCGGAAGAAGCUGAUUGGGAAGGAGGUGUGCUUCACUGUGGAGUACAAGACCCCCCAGGGCAGGGAAUAUGGCAUGGUGUACCUGGGCAGAGACACGAGUGGUGAGAACAUCGCCGAGUCGCUGGUGGCAGAGGGGCUGGCAUCGCGCCGGGAGGGGAUCCGUGCCAACAACUCCGAGCAGAGCCGGCUGGCAGAGCUGGAGGAGCAAGCCAAGAGUGCCAAGAAAGGGAUGUGGAGCGAAGGCACGGGCUCACACACCAUCCGUGACCUCAAAUACACCAUCGAGAACCCACGGCACUUUGUGGAUUCCAUGCACCAGAAGCCUGUCAACGCCAUCAUUGAGCACGUGAGGGAUGGCAGCGUGGUCAGAGCCCUCCUGCUGCCGGAUUACUACCUGGUCACGGUCAUGCUGUCGGGGAUCAAGUGCCCCACAUUCAAACGGGAGGCGGAUGCCACGGAGGUCCCUGAGCCGUUUGCAGCUGAAGCCAAAUUCUUCACGGAGUCGCGGCUGCUGCAGAGGGACGUGCAGAUCGUGCUGGAGAGCUGCCACAACCAGAACAUCCUGGGCACCAUCCUGCACCCGAACGGCAACAUCACCGAGCUGCUGCUCAGGAGGGCUUUGCCCGCUGCGUGGAUUGGUCCAUCGCCGUCUACACCCGCGGAGCUGAGAAGCUGCGUGCGGCCGAGAGGUUCGCCAAGGAACGAAAGCUGAGGAUCUGGAGGGACUACGUGGCCCCGACCGCCAACCUGGAUCAGAAGGACAAGCAGUUCGUAGCCAAGGUGAGCUGGGGAAUGGGGGUGGGAUGGGGGCU